AGUAUAUGUAUAUCUGGGAAGCGAAAUAAGAAGAGAAGAAGAAGAAUAAUAGUUGCAGAGUGAGAAAGACAGCGAAUGAAGGAGCGGAAAUGGAGUCUGGUCCUCCUCCCAACGAUCUCUGCUCAAUCUGCCAUGCCAACUUUCACAUUCCCUGUCAAGCAAAUUGCUCUCACUGGUUUUGUGCAAAUUGCAUCAUGCUCGUGUGGCAGCACGCAUCAGGGACAAGCUCCUGCAAAUGCCCUCUCUGUCGCCGACCCAUCACUCUCUUAGUCCCCACCGAACACUCUCUCUCCCACCGUCACGACCCUGAAGUUGCUCAUAUUCUCUCCAAGAUUCAUGCUUACAACCGUGUCUUCGGUGGCCAACCCUCCUCUCUUUUUCAGAGAGUGCAAGAUCUUCCUUUUCUGUUGCACAGGCUGCUUCGGGAGUUUCUGAACCCUCAAAGAUCCCUUCCUCUUGUCAUCCGUGCCCGUGUCUUUGUUGCUGUCAGUUUCCUCACUCUUUCAACUUCAAUACUUGCUGUGUUCCUCAAUCGAUUAUCCAUGAUAGCAAGUGUUGUAUACAUUCUCAGCCCAAUUGAUCUCAUUCCUGAAGCGAUGUUAGGAAUAGUUGGUCUCUUAGAUGAUGUGUUAAUUGGGCUGAUCUGCUUCCUACAUGUUGCUGCCAUUUAUAGAUCAGUUCUUUACCUCCGUCAUGCUGGUUCCUGAACAUGUUCUACAAAUUUUCAGUUCAUGUCCUAAUGUGGAUUUAAAGAUGAAGUGUACUUUGUUUUGUAUGUACAUAUACAGGUUCAAUUUCAAAUAGUGGAAUUAGUAAUGGAAAUUACAAUGGAAAAGCGCUCCCUUUAAUGUUUUGUUUUCUUUUGAGAAUUCGGGUUGUUGCUUAACCCAUCAUGAUAUAGCACGAAAUAUUUGAGCUUAAAUGAAUUUAACAGUUGCUGUGUGAAA